ACGUAGUUUUAUUUUUAUGAUAAUCUUUAUUUGUCAAACCGAAUGCAAUUUUAAAUGUUGUACUUCUUUAUUUUUAAACUUAAAAUGAAAACUAUUUCAAUCAUCAUUUAUACCAUGCUAAAUUUUAUUGUUUGUAUGUCCUCAGACUUUGACACUCCCAUGUCUGGGUUUUACACCGAUGGGUUGGACAGAAUUCUUGAUAAAAUUGAAAUUGUCGUUCCUGAAAAAAUAUCAAAAGACGGUUCAUUUGUCUCGUACUACCUCCCCCACUACUACAAUUUAGAGUCUGAAAAUCGACCGAGAAGAACGUCCGGUCAGGAAAGAGGCUCGAGCAAAGAUGCGAUCCACUUCUUCAUCCCGAUAGACGGCGAGAAACACCAUCUGGAACUGUGGCCGAACAUGAACUUCAUAGCUCCUGGUCUCAUCGUAGAGCGACGGGAUGCAAGAGAUGUGGAAAACAUCAACAAAGCAAAGAUCAGUCAAAUAUCUCGACGGCAGUGUCACUAUUCGGGACAAAUAGUUGGAAAGCCCAACGCUACAGCUGCGCUAUCUACCUGCUACGGUUUGGCUGGGUAUAUUCGAGUGCCAACUGGAGAUGAAUACAUGAUCGAGCCAGUGAAAGAUUCAAAGCCUACACAUGACAGAGAGCAUCCGCACAUCAUAUACAAGAGGUCAGGAAUGAGAGAUAAGCAUGGGGGCACCAACUGUCUCACCAGAGGUAAGGCCAAGGAUGCGCUUGAAGAACGACUGCAGUGGGAAGCUUUGUUUGGAGAACAAGUGCGUAAAGAAAUGUCAGGAAAUAAUAUUAAUGAAUUGAUGCAAGACAAAAGAACAAGUUCUUCAUCACAACAUGCAUAUAAAGGUAGACCUCUAGAAGAAAAUCCAUAUGAUACACAUUUGAACCCAAUUAGAAACAGAUUUUCUCAGGAAAAGCCAUUUAGUGGGAAUGUACCACCAGCAGUUAGUGAUAAAUACUCAUCAGAAGACUCAAUUAACAGGAAUCUACCGUCAAAUGGAAACAAAUUUUCAGCAGAAACUUCUCUUGAUAAGAAUACACCUCAAGCUGGGAAGAGACUACUAGAAUACUCACUCAGUGAUAAUUUAGGAAAGUCUGUUAAUAGUCAAAGAGCUCCAACACUUCAAUAUGGCAAUGAUUUUCAACAAAUUCCUCGUUCUGAAUUCAUUAUGAAAAAUAAUUUACCUCAAAUUAGUAAACUUUUAAAAAGUGGAAAGCUUGAUAUUGGAAACAAAUUAAAACAAAAAUCUUUACAAGAAAAGAGCAUGGGAAAUAUUAACCUACCUGAAUACAACUUGGAAUCAUCUAAACCAGACAAUGGAAUGAGUAACAAUGCUGAAAACCCUGAUUUCACUAUAAAUGAUCAAAUCAAUGGUGGCAAUACUGACCAUAGAAGGAAAAAAAGAGAUAUAAGUAAAGAGAAUAGUGAGACUAUCUGUAGCUCUGAUGGCAGUUCUAAUAUUGAUAAUAGCAACAAUAUGAUGAAUGUAAAUUUCACUUCUCAAAACAGUUUGGAUAAGGAAAACAAGUUGGAUGACAGUGAAAUAAAGUCAGACAGAAAAUUUGAAACCCCUAUGUAUUCUCAAGAUAACAAAAAAGAAUCUGUUCAAGUUAGUUUGGAGAAUGGUCAAAACCAUCAAAAUAACAAGAAAUUGAUUACAUGUACUAAUGAAGAUAGUUUAUCUGAUGACCAACACAUAAACAAUAUUGAUUUUAAAGAAGACCAGUCAGGGGAAGUAGGAAAACAGCCAAACGCAGGUAAAAUUAAUAAAAGGGAGGAUAAUAAUCAGAUAAACAAACAAACAUCUGGGGAAAUCGAUAAAGAAAAUUAUAUUAAAGAAUACACACAUUACCCAGUAGACUCAUCAGUAAAGGAUAUUGAAAGAGACGAGAAAAGUCAACUAAGUUCAACAAAAGUUGAUCAAAACAAUAUUAAAAGAGAAAUUCAUCUUGAUACAAGUGAUAAAAGCUGGCAAACAAAUGAAAAUGUAGAAAAAAACAAAAUGAAGCCUGAAAAAAUAUACUUGAAAAACUCUUGUGAUGCUGAUUCAAGUGAUAAACUAUCAAGAGAAAAUAUUAACCCCCUCUCUUCAAUAGCCCUACAAACUGAUUUAGAGAAUGAAAAGAUACAAGAUAUCAAACCAUCUAAGAUUACCAGAAUUAAUAAAGACAAUUUGAGUAGCGAUGAAAAGUUGAUGGCUAGUGUUCUUGAAACAGUUGUGAAGGAUAUGGAAAAAACUAAAGUAAAGAAAGAUGUAAAUGAAGGAGUAAAUAAUAUUAUAAAUGCUCAGCCAUCAAAUACUUACAAAGAGCAGCAGUCUGAGAAUCUCCCAAAAGUAUCAAUGAUCAAUGAUAAUGAUAGUUCAAUGAAAGUAGAUCAGGUUAAAUCAGUGAGUUUAAUAGAUUCUCCUUCGUUCCAAAAAUUAGCUGUUGAAAGCAAAAAAGAAGACCUAGGUUUAAAAAUUAACGAUAAUAAUAAAUUAGAUGUAUUUUCUAGAGUUGCUGAUGAUGGUAAAAAGUCAGAAUUUGUAGAAAAAGAAAAUUUAAAGGACACGGUACAUGAGGAUGAACAGAAAACAGCAGCAGUUCAAAAUUCACAAGAAGAGAAAGAGCAGAAAAAUGUUGAUGAAAUCAUCAUCAGAGUUAAAGCUCCAGAAGGAACUAUUAGCAAUAUAGAACAACGUGUUGGGUCUGAUCUUGAUAAUACGAAAAAAGAGAGUUAUGACACAAUAAAUGGUGAUGUUAAAAGUUCAAUCUUUGGGCAUGAUCAAAACAUACAAUUAAUUCAAAAUCCUCAAAAAACUGGCAAAGAAAAAUCUAAUCAAGGUGAAAUGAACAAAUUAGAAGAUGAAUUGUCUCCUAAUAGCUUUCAAGAACAGUUAAAACAAGAAAAGGCUCAACAAAAUUUAAAUUCAAUAUUUUCAGACACUCAACAACAAUUGAAUGUAGAAAAAAAUGAUAAUAGCAAGUCCAAAACAAAAAGAGAUGACACAAUACAUCUCAUUAUUGAAACAGAACCAGAAAUAAAUGCAGAUAGUAGUAAUAGUAAUUCAAAUCAACAGAAAAGUGGAUUGUUUUGUCAGGGAAGAAAUUGCCUAGAAAUUAAACCAGUUCUUUUGAAUGAAACAAACAAUGGAACUAAUGCAGAAAAUGCAAAAGUUAAAUUAGUAGAGAAACGCGAUGCUUGGGGGGAUGAUUGUGCAGAAGAAACAACAACAGAAAUAAAUUUGGUAUGUUUUGACUUUUUUAAUAAGAUGUUUAAUUUAGAGUUAAUGAUUACAGUUGAUUAUAAAGUUGUAAAAAUGCACGAAGAUGAUGAUAUUGAGAAUUUUAUUCUUACUGUAGUGAAUAUGAUUUCUACAAAUUUCUAUGACAAGUCCAUUGGAGUCAACUUAAAUGUGGUUCUAGUUAGAUUGAUUUUACUGGCAACAUGCAUUAAAGAGCUGGACAGUGAUCGUUUUAACCCUGAAGAGCUUUUAGAAAACUUCUGUACAUGGCAGGUUUUAAUCAAUCCAGGCAAAGAUGACCAUCCUCACCACCAUGAUCUAGCAAUUUUUGUCACUAGAAUGGAAAAAUGUGAGGGGCAAGUGAUGGGAGUAACUUAUAUGACAAGUGUCUGCCGACCUGACAAAGCUUGUCUUGUAUGUAUUGAUGAGGGUUUGUUGUUAGCAAACACAAUCACACAUCAGAUUGGUCACAGUCUCGGUGCUGAUCAUGAUACUGGUGAGAGCUCGGGCUGUUCUGAGACUGCACCUGAUGGCACUAACUAUCUCAUGGCACCCACAAUCUCAGAGACUAGUUCCUCUUGGUCAACCUGCAGUCGAGAUUCUAUUAUACAGUUCUUAAAAACCCAAGGAUCAUGGUGUCUUACAGAUUUGCCAGUUGAUAAAACAUACAACUUUCCUUUGAUGUUACCUGGUCAGAUUUAUUCAGCAGCUCAGCAAUGUAAAUUGAAUUUCCACAUGACUGCACUUCCAUGUGCAGUCGGAGCUUUUUGUGAGAAGCUUUAUUGUCAAGUUACGGAAAAACUUUGUGCAACUAAGGGUGAUCCUCCAGCUGAUGGGACUUUCUGUGCUUCGGAUAUGUGGUGCUUUCAUAAAGAGUGUGUUCAUGUUGGAAGGCGACCUGGCUCAAUUAAUGGCGAGUGGGGUCCUUGGACGGAAUGGAGCAUUUGUACUCGGUCAUGUGGUGGUGGUGUGUCCAGCAGUUAUAGGAUUUGCAACAAUCCAAAACCUGAAAAUGGGGGACGGUACUGUAUUGGAGAUCGUAUAAGACACAGAAUGUGUGCCACAAAACCUUGCCAGGGAUUUACAGAAAGUUUUAGGGAUUUACAGUGCAAGAAGACAGAAGACAGACCAUUUCGAGGGAGGCUUCAUAACUGGUCUCAGUAUCACAGUUUCUUCCUUAACAUUGAAUGUGCAUUGGUUUGCCAAAAUAGGAAGGGAGAAGUAGUAAUGAGGUCCCCGAUUGUAGCAGAUGGUACACCCUGUAAGGCUGGCACUCGGAAUGUGUGUAUUCAAGGAACUUGUCGAAAUGUUGGAUGUGAUUGGGUCAUAGAUUCCAAUGCCAAAGAAGAUUCUUGUGGAGUUUGCCGGGGGAAUUCCACCGAAUGUAAAAUCAUCCAAGGAGCCUUUGAUGAACCUUCAAUGCAAAAGGGUUUGGUAGAAUUUCUUCGUGUUCCAAAGGAUUCUGGUAUGAUAUUUGUUCGGGAAAUCUCACCUUCUGAGAAUGUCUUGGUGGUUACUGGAUCAAUUAAUCGAGUUUUUUAUCUGAAUGGAGGAGGAGCUGAAGAUUCUAUGCCUGGAGACAUUAUGUUUGGGCAAACUCAUGGAGUCUAUGAAGUGAGAUCAGCAAUGGAACGCAUUUUCAUUAGAGGACCGACUUCAGAAGAGUUAGUAUUCCAUGUGUUGUUCCGUGAACAAAACAAAGGAAUUCAUUAUCAAUAUGCAGUGAUGGAAACUGAUUUCAACUAUGUACCUCGAUAUUUGUGGCAGUACUUAGAUUGGGACCCAUGUACAGACCCUUGUUCUGGAGGCUCUCAGAGAGCACAUGCUAAGUGUGUAGAAGACAGAGGAGGAGUGGUGGACGACCAGUUCUGUACUGAGAGUUCUAGACCCUUGGAUGUCAUCCGACCAUGCAACGAUUUCCCUUGUCAAGCAAAAUGGUGGGUGAGUGUCUGGUCCGAUUGUAUCUGUACUGGAACGACCAGCGUUAUGUUCCGUAGUGUGCUGUGUAUGAGAGCUACCGAUGAGAGUGGAACUCGAUCCGAGAUUGUUAGAGAGUCGGAGUGUGCGAACCACAAGAAACCUGCCACACAAAAAGCAUGCAAUGCAACUGAAGAAGAAAAUGACUGUGUUAAUAAACGAUCUGUUUCUGGCAACUCCAUGUUCAAGGGACACAAAGACAUCAGAAGAGCAGUUAAUCCAAAAAUAGCAUACGCUACUUAUUCUUCUCCAGGUGCGAGCGACACACAUUUCCAAGAGCAGGAAAUGGUUCAACUGUCUAGUGAUAAGGAAAAUACAGAAAACAAAGAAAAGGAAAUGAGCAAAGAAAAUACAAGCUUAAACAAACUCCAGAAAAAGUCAGUUAGCAAGCCUCAGGUUAAUAAGAAUAGCAGUGUUAAAGGGGCUGUGAGUAAAGUGAAACCUAAAUCAAAUGAAAAAGACACAGUACAGCCCGAUAAAAAGAAACUUACAGCUGUCAAAAGUAAAAAUGCAGACAGCUUGAAACCUGCUGUGAUUACCAAGAACGUUGCAAGUGAAGAAUCAAAAUCUCAUUUGAAAGCUGAGGACUUGUCGUUUGCUCCCGAAAAAGGGAAACAGGUAGCAAAUUUGAAUGCCAAAGUUGCAGCUUUGAACGCAGCAGCAAACAACAUGAAACACUCAGCUGAAAGUAAACAAUCAGACGAGGGAGAUUCAAGCGGGAACAGUGAGGAGGCGAAUGAGGAGUGUGAAACAACAGAAUUGACCUCUGAAGAUUCGAGUUGUCCCACGGCACCUCCAGAUUAUGACACUACUACCGGACUCACCUGCAAGAACACCUGUCCCGUGCAGGCCCACAGGAAAACCACUUGUUGUAAGACACUACCACCCAAGCAGCACGGAUCCCUAAAGUCAUCAGAGGGAACAACCAUGCGUCCGAUUGUGGUGAAUGUAGAUGAGCUGAAUAUGGACCAUUUUGCACUCACUGUUGUUCCCCUUGACAAUUACAACAAGAAAAAGUUACCUCAGUCAGAUCCGGAAUUCAUCAAUUUGGGAAACAUAGGUCAGUUUGGAGUGGGCAAUGAAGAUAACAGCACAAUCAUUACUGGACAAGAGGCUCUUGACUUCCUGGAGUUUGCUAGAAGCAACGCUAGCGAAGAACCCGCUAUACUUCAUGAGACACAUAAUUGAUCCAUUCAAUGAAAAUUGUUUUUGGCCUCUGUAUAUUAGCAAGUUUGAUAUAAAAGCCUAUACAUAUUUGGUGUAGGUUAAACACAAAAGCAUGUGUUUUGUAAAUAUUAAAAAAGAUGUUAAAUAACUAUUGUGGUAGAAAUAUUAUAAAUAACUAGCACAUAUAAAUAUUAUGGAUGUGUCUGUAUAAAACAGUUAAUUAGGUUUGUAAAUAGUGACUAUUGACAACUUUAUAUUACUAAUAACUUUCCUAAGAAAAUCAUUCUCGCUGUGUAAGAUAACUUACAGUUAUUUAUACUUUAACUAUUAUUGAAUAAAAUAGUAUUUAAAAAUUAAAAAUUGUUAAAGAUUGCAAUAAGCAUUGGACUAUAAGAAUCAAUAAAUUUAAAUGAAGUCAAA